UCUGAUUUCGGACGUUUCAUGGCCUCGUACAUGACACCACUUACUGAAAAAUUCCUCUAACCCAGUCUCUACGCCUCUCAAUUUUGUUUUGGUUUGUCGCCUAGCAGAAAUUCUGGAACGCGGGAUUUCUGUUGGGUUAGGGUUCUUAGUCUUUAGGUUUUUUUAUCUCCCGUUGCACAAUGGCACAAGAGCGCACAAUACCAGGAUGUCCUUGGGCAUUUGCCGACGACAUGAGAGGAAUCAUUGAUAAAAAGGAAUUCAGUGAUGUGAAGUUUAUUGUGGGGUCAAACAGAAAAGUGAUCCGUGCAAACAAGUCAAUUUUGAUGGCAAGGUGUGAAGUUUUUAGAGCAAUGCUAUCAGAUCAAAAAGACAAUGUACGACCAAAAACUGACCAGCAGGAUAUACCCCUUGUACUGGCAGAUGUUACUCCAGAAAUCUUUAUGUCAUUGUUGGAAUUUCUCUACACAAAUACAUGCACUCUGAAUAACAGAAAUGUGAUGGAAGUUAUGGGUUCAGCCAUGGAGUACAAUUUAGAACAACUCCAAAAGAUCUGUGAGCAGUUCAUUGGUGAAACUCUUGCCAUAGAUACAGCAUCAGAAGCAAUGCAGAUUGCAGUCACUUAUGGACAGGAGGAGUUAAGAGAGCGAUGUUUGGAUUUUAUUGAAGAAAACACAGAGAAUGUAUUCAGAACAAAAGGAUUCCAUGAGCUGUCAGAGGAGGCAUUGGCACUACUUCUACAAAGUGAUAAACUGAUGAUGGAUGAACUGGAAAUUCUUUCAGCUGUGAGGGAAUGGGCCACAGUGAACUCUGUGGUUCUUAGUAAGUCAGUUUCUGAAAUAGCACAGAAUGUAAUCCAAUAUGUAAGGCUUGCCUUACUCACACCUGAAGAACUUAAACAGGUUGAACUAGACAACGAGAAGGAUAGAAUGAUUCCGAUCAAACAAAUAUCUGAAGCGUGGAAAUAUCACGCUCUGAGAAAAUCACCCAAACACAGCGCUACUGUACCCAGACCACGACCGCGGCGAGGAACAAAACCACGGGAAAUGUACACUGAGGCUCAUUAACUUUAACAGCCGCGCAAUACUGGGAUUUGAUGACUGGCAGUAAUGCCCUGAAUACAAGAACCAUUGCAACUGAAUUCAUAAAAUACCAGUAUAAGUUUGCAUUAUAUCUGCCAACCAUUUUCUGAGUUAUUAUACUUUUUUGUGGUAUUAAGAAUAUUUUUUUUCUUUCUACAUUAAGGGGAUACAAAUUUUUGCGAGAAAAAAAACUUUAUGAAGGUUUAGGAGUUUUAUUUUUAUACCAUAUCGCUUUUGUAGUCUUUUUUCGUGUGCAAACUUUGCAAACAAAGUUUACUCUAUAAAUAAUCUCUCUCGAUGUCGGUAUGUUUUCGCCCCAUGAGCCAAUAUAAUCAUUACAAUAUCCAUUCUGAUAUGAUCACCAAAAGGGAGCUUUUCAGCUGCUAGGAAGUUCUACUCUGAGUUGCCAAUAUGUCACUGAAACUGAUGUUGGUAUUAUAAUUCGUUUUACGAAGAGAGAACUUAAUUUUUUCCCAUAAGAAUUUCUCAUGCAAAUUUAGUUGUUUUCGUGGUGCACCAGAUUUUCUUGCGGGAUUAGAUGAAAGAAUCCACUUCAUGCGCUUAAUACUUUCUUUCUGUAGAGCUGGGUCUUUAUAUCGGAGCCGUUUUUGAAGCAACAAACAACUUAAAAAGUAAUGUAAUAUACAUUUUCCUGUUGCUACGAUAACAAUUUUAUUUUUGUCGUUUAUCAAGCUAAAUUUAGAUUGAUGUUCUUGUCUGUGCUUGUCUGUCUUAUGGUUUAUUUAAAUCCUAUCAAUUACCGACUGAUGAUUACCAAAUGGAAAAUUAUUAUCAUUAUCAGCUGAAACUUAAAAUAGCUCUCCCUAAGAAUUUAAUUACUGAGUAUUUCUCAAGAGCAAUAUAAAAGAUACGAUUUUUUUUACAUCAGGCUGCUAAAAGAUCUGACGUUUGAAAUUUAAUAAUUUAUUUUCACAGACGUUUUUUUUUUCGUUUUGUUAUUUAAACACAAACAAUUAAAGUGCCCUAAUGGUUAUGCGUGCUGUUGGUGCCACAAACGUUUUUAAAACCAUUGUGUACACAAGUCAGCAGUGAUAUUGCUGUAGAAUAUUUGUUUAUAGUCGGACUGCUGGGAAACUAGACAUUUCAGCUAAUAUUUUAAGCUGUUAUUUUCUAUUAACGUACUUCCAGACACAGGAAAUAGAAAAUGAAAUGAAAACAUCCUAAA